AUGGCUUCAAACAAUGCGUCUGCGGGGAAAUGGGAAGUGGUGAAGAAGGGAAAGAAGAGCAGCAACCCCGGAGGGACUAAAAACCCCAGUGAUAAGAAGAAUGGAGCUCGAAAAGCUCUGGGGGAGUCGAACCUACAGCAGGCCAAACAACAGGACAUGGUUCUAAUGGCCUUCCCUGGGGGGGUGGUGAGGCCGGCAGAGGAGGACGUGAGCCCAGAGGCCCCUGCGGAGCCUGAGGGGUCCGUCCGCACGCCGCAGCGCACCUUCUCCGAGCGUUUGCCCGGUGCACGGCACUCCUCCUCCCGCAGCGUUGGCGCGCGCUCUGCCAGAGUCCGACACCCGCGGCCAGUGUCCGAGGCCUGGAUCGGGCUCUACCGGGUCAAUAACCGCCACGGAAAUAUCCGCUGUCCGUUCUGCUCCAAGGCGUUCCCAGGAGGCCGUAUCGAGGAGCACCUGCUGAGCUGCCUCACGUCGCCGCCUCUGCCCUACAACACGGAUGUCCUCAGUAAGGACAGUGGGGAGUGUUCCAUCUGCCUGGAGGACCUGGUCCAGGGGGAGACCAUCGCCCGCCUGGCCUGUCUCUGCGUCUACCACAAGAGGUACCAGAGGGGGAGGCCACGCAGAGAGAGAGGGGGAGGCCGCGCAGAGGAGAGGGGGAGGCCGCGCAGAGGAGAGGGGGAGGCCGCGCAGGCGGAGGAGAGGGGGAGGCCGCGCAGGCGGAGAGGAGAGGGGGAGGCCGCGCAGGCGGAGAGGAGAGGGGGAGGCCGCGCAGGCGGAGAGGAGAGGGGGAGGCCGCGCAGGCGGAGAGGAGGAGGGGGAGGCCGCGCAGGGCGGAGAGGAGAGGGGGAGGCCGCGCAGGCGGAGAGGAGAGGGGGAGGCCGCGCAGGCGGAGAGGAGAGGGGGAGGCCGCGCAGGCGGAGAGGAGAGGGGGAGGCCGCGCAGCGGAGAGGAGAGGGGAGCCGCGAGCGGAGAGGAGAGGGGGAGGCCGCGCAGGCGGAGAGGAGAGGGGGAGGCCGCGCAGGCGGAGAGGAGAGGGGGAGGCCGCGCAGGCGGGAGAGGAGAGGGGGAGGCCGCGCAGGCGGAGAGGAGAGGGGGAGGCCGCGCAGGCGGAGAGGGGAGGGGGAGGCCGCGCAGGCGGAGAGGAGAGGGGGAGGCCGCGCAGGCGGAGAGGAGAGGGGGAGGCCGCGCAGGCGGAGAGGAGAGGGGGAGGCCAGCGCAGGCGAGAGGAGAGGGGAGCCGCGCAGGCGGAGAGGAGAGGGGGAGGCCGCGCAGGCGGAGAGGAGAGGGGGAGGCCGCGCAGGCGGAGAGGAGAGGGGGAGGCCGCGCAGGCGGAGAGGAGAGGGGGAGGGCAGGCGCGGGAGAGGAGAGGGGGAGGGCGCGCGGAGAGGAGAGGGGGAGGCGCGCAGGCGGAGAGGAGAGGGGGGGAGCCGCGCAGGCGGAGAGAGGAGAGGGGGAGGCCGCGCAGCGGAGAGGAGAGGGGGAGGCCGCGCAGGCGGAGAGGAGAGGGGGAGGCCGCGCAGGCGGAGAGGAGAGGGGGAGGCCGCGCAGGCGGAGAGGAGAGGGGGGGGCCGCGCAGGCGGAGAGGAGAGGGGGAGGCCGCGCAGGCGGAGAGGAGAGGGGGAGGCCGCGCAGGCGGAGAGGAGAGGGGGAGGCCGCGCAGGCGGAGAGGAGAGGGGGAGGCCGCGCAGGCGGAGAGGAGAGGGGGAGGCCGCGCAGGCGGAGAGGAGAGGGGGAGGCCGCGCAGGCGGAGAGGAGAGGGGGAGGCCGCGCAGGCGGGAGAGGAGAGGGGGAGGGCCGCGCAGGCGGAGAGGAGAGGGGGAGGCCGCGCAGGCGGAGAGGAGAGGGGGAGGCCGCGCAGGCGGAGAGGAGAGGGGGAGGCCGCGCAGGCGGAGAGGAGAGGGGAGGCCGCGCAGGGGAGAGGAGAGGGGGGGAGGCCGCGCAGGCGGAGAGGAGAGGGGGAGGCCGCGCAGGCGGAGAGGAGAGGGGGAGGCCGCAGGCGGAGAGGGAGGGGGAGGCCGCGCAGGCUGGAGAGGAGAGGGGGAGGCCGCGCAGGCGGAGAGGAGAGGGGGAGGCGCGCAGGCGGAGAGGAGAGGGGGAGGCCGCGCAGGGAGAGGAGAGGGGGAGGCCGCGCAGGCGGAGAGGAGAGGGGGAGGGCGCGCAGGCGGAGAGGAGAGGGGGGAGGCGCGCAGAGGAGAGGAGAGGGGGGGAGGCCGCGCAGAGGAGAGGAGAGGGGGAGGCCGCGCAGGCGGAGAGGAGACUAUUAGGACCACUUCUUGCAUUGGGAAUAUGAAUUAA